AUCUAAACCGGAAGCGAAGGGUGUCUGGAAAGCGGUCCGUCGGAAUGACUCGGUGCUAUUCUCUGGGAUAUCUCUGGAGUAAAGGGAGAAAUCGCCGGAACUGCAGCCGGGGGUUCCUAUCAUAAAAGUCCUCCUCUUACCUUAAUCGAAUGUUACCAAUAUGUCUGCACAUUCCUUGCUGUAUGAGAGAAUUGUUCUGGCUAAGGAGCUAAUUAAAAGAGCCGAAGCUCUUUGCAGAUCCCGAAAAAAUGGCAUUGAAGGUGGAUUAAAACUCUGCAGUAAAUUAAAGGCAGAAUUAAAAUUUUUGCAGAAGGUAGAAGCGGGUAAAGUAUGCAUCAAAGAGUCUCAUCUGCAGAGUACAAAUCUCACUCAUCUGCAAGCUGUCAUUGAAUCAGCAGAGAACUUGGAGGAUGUUGCUGGUGUUCUCCAUGUCUUUACUUAUGAAGACUCAUUUGGUGAAAAACAAAAUUUGGUGGUAGAUGUAGUUGCAAAUAACGGGCACACUUGGGUGAAAGCAGUUGGUCGGAAAGCUGAAGCUCUGCAUAACAUUUGGUUGGGCAGGGGCCAGUAUGGCAACAAGAGCAUUAUUGAACAAGCAGAGGACUUCCUGCAAGCAAGUUGUCAACAACCAGUACAAUACUGCAGCCCACAUAUUAUUUUUGCUUUCUACAAUGGUGUGUCCUGCCCAAUGGCAGAAAGGCUGAAAGAGAUGGGUAUAUCUGUGCGGGGGGAUAUUGUUGCUGUGAACCCAUCAAUGAAAUAUGUUAAAGAAGAUCUCUGCUUAAGUUCUAGUGAAUCCGAUGAUGGGGAUGAAUGCUUUCAAGUGACUAAAGUAGAUCGAGAUACCUUAAUAGCCAGUGUUGCGUUUCCUACAAUGUUCAAAGUAGAUACAUGCAAUAGGGUUAAUUUGGAUAUUACUACUCUGAUUACAUAUGUCUCAGCCCUAAGCUAUGGAGGCUGUUACUUUAUUUUCAAAGAAAAAGUCUUAACUGAGCAGGCUUUACAGGAGCGAGGUGAGAGUGUUCUCCCACAACUGGAGGAAUUCAUGAAAGGCAAAGAAUUGUUUGCUUGUGAAUCUGCAAUCAAAGAUUUUCAGAUCAUCUUAGAAACUAUAGGGGGUCCUGGGGAGAAAUAUAGAGCCACAUUACUUAUGGAUAGAAUCAAUGUGGUGCCAGAUCAACCCUCUGAUCGUGCCUCAAGACUAGUGCCUAGCUCUAAAAUCAAUAGCCGUUCUCUGAUCAUCUUUGGGACAGGAGAUACUUUAAAGGCCAUCACUAUGACAGCAAACAGUGGCUUUGUUCGGGCAGCAGCCAAUCAGGGAGUAAAGUUUAGUGUGUUUGUUCAUCAACCAAGGGCACUGACAGAAAGCAAAGAAUCUUCUGCAACAUCUUUACUAAAGCAGUGAGUUGGUUCCAAAUCACUUUAUUUAUACUGUUUCUAGCAGAAGGAAUCUUAGAAACAAAAAAGUUUAAUCUGUAUAAACAUCGAUGUAACGUGGACACAAUUUACUCAUAGGGCUGAAUUGAACUAAAAAGAAAUGUAGUGCAGACACAAAAGUAUUAACAUGAUGUUGUGCUUCUCCUACUCACAACAAUAAAUGUCAUACAACUUUUCCUAUGUGCUGCCAGAACAAUUCCUUGGUGUAUUUCCACAUUGUUGUCUUGAUGUUGCCAUAGAUAUGCACAAUCUAAUGAUGUCAGUGCAAACUGUGGGAUUAAAAAAUUCUCAAAUU